UAGAAAAUGGCGAAUUGUGCUGAGGUGCAAUAUAAAAACUAAUUUGUUAGUUUCGACAUUAAAAAAACAAAAUUCCCAAACGCAACAACCCAUGUUAGAAUCUAAGCGUUCAUCUAAAUUUGGCUAAGACAUCUAAAUCUAAAUUUGCCAUUCCCUGGAUAAGGCAGGAUUGGUAAUCUAGGUAUAAAUGAACCAAAACCAGAUCCAACAAUUGACCUCAAACCUUUCGCAGGCGCUAGAUCAAAACUAUGAUGUCGUUGAUAUGGACGCUGUUUUAUCAGUCAUCUGUGCUUUGGAAGGUACAACGAUUACAAAAGAGCAACUGGAAGCCACCAGAUUGGCCAAGUACAUAAAUCAGCUCCGACGUAGAACGAAAAACGAACAGUUAGCCCGUAGAGCUAAAUCUCUCUUAAAAAAAUGGCGUGAAAUGGUAGGAAUUCAACAAACAACAAGCGAUUCCCAGCCUCUACAGAUUUUGCCACAAACGUCAAUUGCUAAUAAUAACGCCAGCCAGCCCGAAUCUGAUACAAAUCAUAGUUUGGCAUGUGCAACUUUGCAAUACUCCUUGCAAACUGCUUCGCCGCCGAGGCACCGAGCUAUAUCCGACUUGCACUCUAAUGUUUAUUCCUCAGCGCCUGCAAUAGUAGCAAUAGCAAACAAUCCUUAUGAACAACAACAAGCAAAUUUUCCUACUUUUGAUAUUUCAAAUAAUGGACCCUUUAAAGCGGUGAAGAUCGGGGAGGAGCCUCUAAGGUCGACGGACACUUGCAGACAAAAUGAGGACUUAUCCAACGCAAAUAAGCAAAAUAAUGAAUCAAUUAUUAUUGAUAUUGCUUCUGACUCAGAUGAGUAUGAAGGAGGAUCACAACAGAAAUUAAUUCAAGCGACGAGCCCUGCAAUAUCGAUACCUAUGCAUGGACUAACCAAUUCAGUCAAUGUUUCUCCACGAUCGAAAAAAAUAAAAAAAGAAAAGAAACGCAAGGAAAAAGAUGGCCGCGCUAAACCGUGUCAAAGAGAGGACUUCUCGCAACUUUCACAAAAUAUAUAUUCUGUCCCUGCCAAAAGCGAGGGGCAUAUGUCCAAUGCUUAUCCAGCGUACUCGGAGAUUUUGUCAUUGUCAAAUAGUUCAAUAAGCUCGAUGUUUCCUGGAGAUGCAGUGUCGACAACUCCUACCAAAUUUCGGCCCACAACGACUAGUCUGACUUUUGCUGGCAGAUUUAAAUGUGUUGCUCAAUCCUCGGAUAGUCUCAAUAUUGAAGAAAAUAACCAAACAACAAUUGAACAUUCGUUACCAUUGCGUGGAGCCUUUGACGAAUAUAUAAAUAAUGAAUCGAACACCUCUUGCAGUCGAUUUUCUCCUUUUAAUGAGCAAGAGGCUAAAACUAGCAAAACUCACUUUCAGCCUCUUCAAACUGACGAUGCCAACAAGCAACAGUUUUCAGCACAUAUACCUUUACCAAAGCCACAACAGGAUUGUAAUUUGGAGUACAAUGAGAAUGCCAUGUCACAAGUCCCAAAAAAACGUGGUCGGAAACGUGGCUCUAAGGGUGUGGAUUCAGUUAUAGCUAAAGAAUCAAGUCUUUCUCAGAAAAUUUUCUUCGGCUCUGGAGUUAAGAAGGUGAAAACUACAAAAGAACUUUUCAACGAAAUUCAAAGCAGGAAAUUAUCAUUAAAUCGAGGUGAUUCGUUGCCUGCAGCAAGUAAAAACUUAAAUUUGACUAGUCGAUCUCAGCAUUCGAAAUGCCUAUUAAGGAGACCGACAUCAUCUUGCUCUGAUACAUCCAUCCAUUCACCACAGACUAUGGAUGCCAAUUCAACAAAUUCAAUUGUAAUGGUUGCGGAUAAAUUUUCCAGCACAGUUGAAGAUACUGGUAAUACUGAUAGCGAUACAAUCACUUCAGAACCCUCUCGAGACAGUAUGAAGUCAAUUCAUAACAAAAGGAGAAAUUCUGCUGAUAGCAACACGAAUUCACUUCAUACAUAUUCAGCAAAAAACAUCGCUGUCUUAACGUCGUCAAAUAAUCACAAUGACGUUACCACAUCGCAUUUAUUGCAACUUAUUCAAGAAAUGAAGAAUCCGCUAUCUGUGGAGGAGACUGAAAAAUUAUAUCAGUCUCAAAUUGUGCCUUGCACUUGUACAAUAAUUGAGGAAUUGCCACAGUCUUCGUCUGGUCAGGCAAAUUUAAAUGAUUUAAAUAAUGACAUCGAUUGUUUCAGUAAAUCUAAUUGCAUUGAGAGUAAACGAGUCGGUGAACAGCACAGUGAGAAACAUAUUGUUUCUUGCAGUGGCACCGAAGAAGCUAAGGUUGCACCUGUGAUCGUGGUAGCCGCAAAACCGAUGAAGUCUAUUUUUGACUUGGAUUUCGACGAAGAUGAAGAUCCACUACACACAAUUGUAACAAACAUAUCGCCGUUACCUGCAGCUUCUGUUGAUUUAAAACAAGUUAAUCAGUCGAAUACGAAAUCUAUAAGCAAUAGUAAUAGUAUACUAAACAAAGCAAGCACCAAAGUAGGUGGAAUUGAAAUGGUUCAGCAACAGAAGAUUUCUAAUCAGAAGGAUAAAGAUUCACGCACUGAUGAAAUUGUCCCAGGGCCGCUCCCAGAGUUAAUUAUUCAAGAAGACCCGCACUGCAUUGCAAAACAGCGAUUUUGUGUACAAACAAAUGAGAUAACAAAUUUCCACAUAAAUGCAUUGCACAACUUUUAUAUACCAAACAUAAAUGGAAAUUGGGAUAGUAUUGAUACUAAAGUUGUCGUUAAAGCUAACAUAAUGGACUUUCUACAAUCUCUAGAGUCCUAUACAGUUAGCGACGGAUCCGAUGUUGUAACAAAAUAUGGUUCACUGACUUAUGAACGCAUUCGCAAGGACCUUAGUUGUUUACAAUUAACAAGAAGUUUUAAAAAUCGAUCUUUUAAUUCCUACUUAACUCCAUUUUUGGGUAUCGCCAAAUGUUUGCCAUCGUGUCAACGCGCAGCCAAACAACGUAGACGCGUUAAAAUUAACUCCUCAACUAGCUCCCGUCACACGUCGAUGAACCCAGAAGAGAUAUUAGGUUCGACGCAAGGCGUUAAUAGUGAGCGAUUAAUGGAUAUUAGUCCGCUAAGAGUUGAUGUUGAUGAUAACCUAGUAGAUCAUGUCAAAAUAUCGCUAAAAGAUCCAUACGAGUUUUCUGGUUCUUCUUCGUGGAACAAUAGAAGAAAAACAUUAGGGUCUACAUUAUUAAAAGUAGCAAAUAAUAAUACAGAUACAGUCGACAUCAAAGUUAAUCAGAUAUUGGUUGAUCAACAGCCAGUUGAUGGUGCGCUGGAAAUUGAAAAACUCCAAAGUCGAAGAUGCAGUAGUAAUUCCAGCUUAGAAUCAAUCGAUAAUGCAAUCAAUGCUGAGUUAAAAAGUCAUGAAGUCAAUACGGAUCAAGUUACUUUUGAUAGAAAUCGCAAAAAACGCCGGAAAUACAAAUUGAGCAACGACAGAUAUGAAGAUAAAAGACCUUGUAUAAAGCGAAUUAAAAUUGCCAUUAACGGUAAUGUAGCAUCUGAAAGACAAAUAUCUAACAUGAGUAAAAGUAACUAUAGUGAUGACAGCGACUGCAAUGAAUACAGUGAUAAUUGUAAUUAUGUUAGUGAUGAGGAACAACAAUCAAAUUGCAGUCGCUCAUCAAUUAAUGACUAUGAUAUGCCUGUAGAAACCGAAUAUGAGGAUCAUGAUAAUAGCAAUGAUGAAGAAGAAUAUGCAGUUGUACAAAAGCCUAUUACCUGUAAAAGCAAUCAUAUUGUGUUGACUAUAAAAAAAACUCCAAGUAAAAUAAAUUCUCCGGUUAACUCAAUGUCUGCUAGAUCCCCAACUGUCCAACAAGCCAGUGCCAUUAAUCCAGUUAAUGAGACUGUUUCGUAUACUGAAUUUUCUUUGCCUCCGACAUCGACGACUCAGUAUUUCGCAGCUGAAGAUACCAAGCAAUUACGAUAUGACAAACCGCCUGAUCUUAAGUCACAUCCUUCUGUUUCAAGUUCUCAAUAUCGUCGUUUUUACCAUCGUCAUCAAAAUUUACCCCAGUCUUCUCGAAAUUGGAGACAGAAUAUACAGGAAGACAGUAUAGAUAUAGAGCUAAAACAUUUAUUCAAUUCCGAUUCCACUGCGAAAGUUUCGCAGUCGAAAAAAAUCCGGUCACAUCGAAAAUUAUUUUUUUGGAAUGAAUUGUGUAAUCGCGACAAAUCCGGCGUAUAUGAGCGAAUUAUUAAUUAUAGUAGUAGUAGUAGUAGUAGCAGUUGUAGUUCAGGCUCUAUUAUUGAGGAAGACGAUGAUGAUGAUGACAUUACACUGUCUGAUAAAACUAAUCAAUUGCAAAUGGAUCUUUCAAAUAAUUGUAAGCUAAAUAUUGAGACUGACGUAAUAGGUUCUAUAACAAAUGAUAAAGCCAUUAGUAAGCAGCGGCAAGGAAGCGAUGCGUUCCUUUCUGCGUAUGAAGAUGAGAAUGAUAAUAAUGGCUAUGAGGAUUUUGUGAAUGCUAAAUUAUACUACGGGCAUGAUGAUUUACCUAUGCAUAAUAAUGGAAUGCUACCGACAUUUAAUUCAAUAAAAACGGAAAUUGCACAAGAGGUUAUUCAGUUGGACUCCAGAAGAUGCGAAAUGGAAAACUGUAUUAAUAAUCACGAUCCACGCUAUAAUAACAAUAAUCUGGAUUUAAUCAAAUCUUAUAUUCUCGACUCUGUGACGUCUGGAAAUCAUGAAAGUACCAAAGCUUGUAUCCUAAAUUCUUCCUUAGAAGCAGAACAUAAAUCGGACAUCAUAUCACAGGCAAACGUUGAAUAUAAAACAGGGAUAAGAUCCGUCCAGAACGACGGCAUUCCCAGUAACCACCAAGAUUUUCCCACUAGAAGUAUACAACAAUUUAAGGAAUGGCAUCAAGUUCUACAGCUUCAGUCUUACAAUGACGAACCACUGAUUGUUCUACCAUACGUUGUGCUCGAAUAAACCAUACUAUAUCUUGUAUGUGCAUUGAAACAUUUGGCAGUAAACGGGCUUGUAAAAUAUUUUAUAGAAAUGUGUGAUAAGGAGCUUAAAAUUAAAUUACAGCUUGUAUGUAUUUUAGGAAUCAUAAACUACGAAUUCACGCUUAAUUUAUGUCAAUCAAUUUUAAAAUUGUUUAUUUUAAGAUACAAACAAGUUUGUUAAUUUGAUUGAUAACCAAAUGAAUCCAAAUAACACUAAAAAUAAAAUUGUACUGUCAAAGCUAAGUGAAUAGCUAAAAAGAACUACAUUAACUAUGUCAUAAAUAUUUGAAGAUGAGUAUAUAUUUAUUUUGUUAAAUUCUAUCGUUGAUUCAUAUUUGCAUCUUUAUACUAAACAUACACACUAAUACAUACCCUGUUAACAAAAUAUUUACAACAAACUUUAUCGGCAUAAUUAUAUACUUAAAAAUUUGUAUGAUAAAUGUUUUGUUAAGAGAAGGGACAUACACAUAUAAAACAGCAUAUGAAAAUGAACUAUAAAUAAAUUAGUUAUA